AUGGAAAUUGUUGACAUUUCUGCGGAGCCCAAGACACUUCAGGAGUGUAUGUCAAAUAACAUGCAGCAGCAUAUGAAUGCGCUGCCAUGGCAACCACCGAAUCAAAAUAUCAAGAUCAUUGAGGCCCAGGACGUGCAGGUCACCGUGCAGCAGGGUACGCUGCUGGGGACCGUCGUCCAGAGCGUCUACAACACGACCUACACCGCCUUCCGUGGGAUACCCUAUGCCGAGCCGCCAGUCGGGGAGCUGCGCUUCGCGGCUCUUAUCACGCAAUCACUGAUGCCUUCGCAGGAUCCCCAGCCAGCCGGUGGCUGGGAAGGGGUACGCGACGCCAAGGAGUACGGCAGCGACUGCAUACAGCCCGACGGCAGCGGCUCCGAGGACUGCCUCUACCUGAACGUGUACGUGCCGGGCGUCCCAGAGCAGGGCGCCAACCUGCCCGUGCUCUUCUGGGUGCACGGCGGGGGCUUCUACUACAACAGCGGCUCCGACACGGAACACGGGCCCGACUUCCUCAUCUCCUACGGCGUCAUCCUCGUCACCAUCAACUACCGGUUGGCUCAGUUCGGUUUUCUGAGUACAGGUGACGCCGUCGUCCCUGGAAAUGCGGGUCUCAAGGAUCAGCACCUGGCGCUCACCUGGGCGAAGCAGAACAUCGCCAGCUUCGGUGGCGACCCUGACCUCAUCACUCUGUGGGGUCAGAGCGCCGGUGGAUGGUCUGUAUCUUACCAUCUCGUCUCCCCACUGUCCACAGGCCUUUUCUCAAGAAUUAUCAUCCAGAGUGGCAAUUUCAUUGCACUCUUACCUUCUCUGGAGCUGGCCCGCCAGAACGCCUUUCGACUGGGAGCAGCCCUUGGCUUCGAGACAAAUGAUUCACAACAGCUGGUGGACUUCCUGCGCUCUGUCAAUGCUACUGACCUGCAGGUGGACAGCUCGCUCGUCAUGUCAGAUCAGGAAAAACAGUUGUUUUCGUACACUCUAUGGUAUCCUCACACCGAGCCAGACUUGGAAGGUGCCUUCAUCUCUGAGUCAGCAAUCCAGAGGCUCAUCGAUGGCCAAUUCGUCCAAGUUCCUAUCAUGACUGGCGUCACAUCUGCUGAGUUGGGUGCUGGAAUUCUGUCCAACCCAAAUAAAAUCAACGCACUCAACGACCAGUUUGUUGAGACGGUCGGACCAAAUCUGCACUUGCCAACUGUGGAAGAGCAGCAGGAGGCGGCUGCCAAGCUGAGGGAAUUCUACUUUGGCAAUGGGACGAUCUCUCUAGACAAUCCGGAGCCGCUCGUCAAUGUCAGUUCAUAA